CAGUCAAAAAAAAAAAAAAAACACGUGAGCCGGUUAUGAAAGUUAUAUCACCCGGGCAAGAGCGUCGAUUACUUUGUUUAACAUAAGCAUUUUAUUCACUUCAACGAGACAAGGGUCUUCAAAGGCAAUUCAGAAAAGGUCAGACAUGUUUGGUUCGGUGGUGGUUGGCAUUGGGACGGCAGGCUUUGUGAGGGUCAGGGACAUGCUAGCCCCUCUGCCCUCCAGCGCAGCUGAGAAGCUCAGUGUCAAAGGUUUCAUAUCCAGGAGGAUUCUGGAGGAGCAGCAGGGAGUGAAACAAAUCACUGUUGAAGAUGCCCUGAGCCGGGACGACAUAAAGGUGGCUUUCGUGUGCACCGAAAACGCUGCCCACGAGGAAAACAUCAGGAUGUUUCUGGAAGCUGGGAAGCAUGUCUGUGUGGAAUAUCCAAUGGCCAUGACACACAAGACUGCUGUGGAACUCUGGGACCUGGCUCAGGAAAAAGGAGUGGUCCUGCAUGAGGAGCACAUAGAACUCCUGACAGCCGACUUCAAGCAGCUGAAGAAGGACGUAGCAGGGAAAAGGCUGGAGGAGGGAUUCCUUCACUUCACAGGAGGUCCUCUGAAGCCGGGCUUUGGUUUUCCAGCUUUCAGUGGCAUCGCCCGGCUCACCUGGCUGGUCGAUCUGUUUGGAGAGCUGUCUGUCACCGCUGCCAGCAUGGAGGAAGACCAGCAGAACAAGUACAUGAAGAUGACCGCUCAACUCAUAACCAAAGAGCAGAAGCCUCUCACGUGGAUUGAGGAGUGGGCUCCCGGCCUGUCUAGGGCCAAAGACAUCAACUUCCGCUUUGACUCAUGCACCAUCACCCAGCUGCCCCCAGCCACCAGGGAGCCGGUGGGUAUCUUUAUGCAGGACUUGGUGCUCUUCAGUCAGAAGCUGCUGGGCCAGGUUCCCCGUGACCAGCUCCAUGCAGAGCGCCGCAGGGUCCUCCACUGUCUAGAGCUGGCCGACCGCAUCCAGCAGCUGAGCCUGCAGGGGUCAGCCCAGGACACCUAGAAACUAGCAGCCUACCGAGGGGCCCCAGCAGGCUACCGAGGGGCCCCAGCAGCCUACCGAGGGGCCCCAGCAGCCUACCAAGGGUUGUGAAAUUACAGUAACUUUCCCAAAAUUCCCAGGUUUUCCAGAAUUUUGCAAUGCUUAACCUACUGGUGGAUUUCCAAGCGUACAAGAUCCAUCCAUAAGCCUUCUACAGUAAAGCUGCUGUACUGUAGACAUACGCUCAGCGCAUCUUUGAAAUGUUAAGGUAUUUUAUGUGUUUCAGAGGCUGCAUUUACACAGCAGCCCAAUUUUUCUUUUGAUCUAGCCUGACGACUCAAACUGAAUUCGUCCACUGCUCUAUAUACUUCAGUCUGAGACUGCUGUCAUUGAAGUCGUUUGUAGUGACGUCAAAAUGAGGGGUGUUGUACAAAACAAAGUAAUAAGCGAUUGGAUCAUCUCUAGCCAAUGACAAAUUUUCAAAAUGCCACUUUACCCACGUGUGUUCUGGCUGGGGAGGUACUCCGAUCCUGACUCAUUGCGGAAAAGAAGCUAACGUCCGUGUGUGUGGCGUACUGUAGAAUUUGACCUGAGCAAGGAGUUUGGGUAGCCAGGAAAUGUUUGACCAAUCACAUCAGAUCUUUUUCAGAAUUAGACUUUUUUUUGUGUGUUUUUCACCCCUUAUUUCUCUCCAAUUGGUAGUAGUUAGUCUUGUCUCAUCGCUGCAACUCCCAUAUGGACUUGGGAGAGGCAAGGGUGCAAGUAGAAAUACUGGUGUGCAAAAGAGCAGAAAAACAAAUAUGGGGAUGAGGUAGGUAGUUGGUUGGAUGGGCUAUUUACAGAUGGGCUGUGUACAUCUGCAGCGAUCGGUAAGCUGCUCUGACAGCUGACGCUUAAAGUUGGUGAGGGAGAUAAUGGGCUGCCUGUGUAAACUCAGCCUAAGGCAUGUCGGCUUAUUAUUUUAGGGUUAGGCUGUUACUACAGACCACAUCUUAACAUUGAUGGAAGGUCAGUUGAUAUAUAGUUUGAUGUUUGCAUUGUUACUUAUUGAAGUGAAUCUACAUUACAGUUGAAUGUACUGUAACAUUCCUGUGGUUGAUCACAGCUCAUGGUGCUUUAUCAUUGGCUGGUGUGCUUUAAUUAUCUCAUAUGACAUUUUAAUAUUGACAUGUUGUAUAGCUAUUGUGCAGACAGAAGUGUAAGGCAAAACAGUGACAUACUGAUCGAUGGAUUUAUUUGUAUUUUUUAAUUUAACCUUUAACCUAGGCAUGUCAGUUAAGAACAAAUUCUUAUUUACAAUGACGGCCUAUAUGUUCAAAUCAUUAACACCGUACAAUAGGUGUUUGUAUGAUACCUCAGGUAAAUGGUAUCUCGGAUAGCUUUGGCAAGUGAAAGCGUGUUAUUUACACUGCAACUGCAACAUUGUCAGUGGACUGCAAUUGACACAUCUGUUUAGUUGUUUUAAAGUAGCAAUCCAGCCUCCUUUUUUACCUAAUUUAACACCUGAUUUACUUAACAAAAGGCAUAUCUCAAUAGGUGGUCCAGGCAAGUCCUGACAUUGCACAAGUGGGGGGUGGGCCUUUCCUCUUUUGUUCUCUUUCUCCUCUAUUGUUCCUCAAGCAAGGGGGAGGCAGAUGAAAUCACAGAUUCCCACCAGACUGACUCUUUGAUUGCCCUACUCCUUGACGUUUGCAGUUGUCUAAAAAACACUAUUUUGCUCUUUCUAGUCUUUAGUUUGUGUACUUUAUUGUAUUUAUACAUGGGAUAUUGCUUUUCAACAGUACAAGUUCAAAAAUCAAUCGGAGGACAUAUUUCAGUGUUUGAUUAAAGGGGCAUUGCAGUUAACUUGAUUUAGAUGUUUUUGUAAUGUCUGGAAUUUCAGCCUGUUCAGGUGGGAUGGAACUUUUGGACGCAUCAUGACUUCUCACCGCUUCCCUGGUUUUAGCACUAAAUCAUUCACUAGCUUGUUUCCUUAGUUGUAGUUUGUGCAAUACGCUUCCUUUCCUUUUUCUUUGUUUCAAACCAGUAUUUCAAGGAUCUCAAAAUUAGCUGCUCACCAUACAAUAUAAUAAGUAUUCUACUUAAUUCUAGGAUGCUGACAGACUGAAUUUGUGCCUUGGCCUGCUCAGUUCCCUUUCCCAUUGUUAUCCAUUCAUGCCAGUCCCAUCUAAUGAUGUACAGUGGGCUCCAAAAUUACUGGCACCCCUGACUGGCAAUGCACAAACAAUACUUUAAAAAAUAUAAACAAUAUAAUUAUAUAGAUAAACUCAAAAUACCAACAUGUGAGAAAUACUGUACAUUAUUGUUUCAAUGGAACCAACCAAAAUCAUUCAAUUAUUUAAUACAAAAUACAUUUAACCAAAAUCAAGGUUUCAUGAUUAUUGACACUCCUCAUUUAGUACUUAGUGCAACCACCUCUGGCAAGGAGUGAUUUUGGACCAUUCCUCUAUGCAGAUCCUUUCAAGAUCCUUCACAAUCUUGGGUUUGCGCUUUUCAACUGCCCCUCUUCCACUCAGCCCACAGGUUUUCGAAUGGAUUGAGGUCCGGCGACUGAGAUGGCCAUGGCAGAACAUUGAUUUUGUUGUCAGAGAACCAUUUCUGUGUGGAUCUUGAGGUAUGUUUCAGGUCAUUGUCUUGUUGGAAAGUCCACCUCAAGUCCCAGCCUUGUGGCAGAGGCAACCAGAUUGUCAGCCAAAAUUGCCUGAUACUUGGUAGAAUUCAUUAUGCCAUCGAUCUUAACCAGUGCCCCUGGACCUCUGGAAUUAAAACAGCCCCAAAACAUCACUGACCCACCUACAUAUUUUACCAUGGGUAUGAGGUGCCUCUCCUUGUAUGCAUCUCUGUUUUGACGCCAAACAUGCCAAUGCUGUAUCUGACCAAAACUUUCAAUUUUGGUCUCAUCUGACCAGAGCACCUUCUUCCAGUCAUAAUUUAAAUGACGUUUGGCAAACCCCAAGCACUUGCGUCUGUGUCUUGGGAUCAGAAUGGGCUUUCUUCUGGCAACCCUUCCAAAGAGCCUGUGGAUGUGGAGGUGGCGUCUGAUGGUGCUCUUUGAAACCUGGUGACCCCAAGACUCCACCAAGGCCUGUAAUUCUUUCACAGUGAUUCUUGGGGAUUUUGUUGCUUCUCUCACCAUCCUGAGGGGCAAAAUGCAUUUGCGUCCUCUACCCGUGAGGUUUUCAACUGUUCCAUAUCUUUUGAAUGUUCUAAUAAUUGCCCUGACAGUGCUCAGUGGUAUAUUCAAUCGCUUGUGGAUCUUCUUGUAGCCAUUACCAGAUUUAUGAAGGUCUACGACCAUCUGUCUCUUUUGAACUGCCAGUUAUUUUGUUUUCUUCAUGGUGUUGGAUGACAGUGGGAUAUUGCAUGUGUGUUACCUAAUUUGUAUACCCUAGUGAAACAGGAAGUGAUGUAUUGGCUCAAUAUAGUUCCUUAGGGCUUAGAUAAACUUAAAUAAGUGGAAUUUAAUUUGUGGUUUAAUUUUGGUAGAUGUUAUUUACAAUAAUCUUUAAGGGUGCCAUUAAUUGUGAAACCUUGAUUUGGAGGACAUUGAUAAAUUAUUUUGGUUGGUUCCAUUGAAACAUUAAUAAAGUACAGUAUUUCUCACAUGUUGGUAUUUUGAGUUUCUCUAUAAUUAUAUUGUUUAUUUGUUUAAGCAUUGUUUGUGCAUUGCCAGUCAGGGGUGCCAGUAAUUUUGGAGCCCACUGUAUAUGUCUACCAUGUUACACAAGUAUUCACUACCCAGUGAGUGCAGUUUGGCCACUUUAACUGGGUGUCACUAGUGUUAUUAGCAAUUUAUAUGUAGAGAAAAUUACAUUUAACAGUUUGAGGGAGAAUUGUACUAUUAUAUUGAAUUAUAAUGCCUGAAUGUUUUAAUAAUGUGUGUAUUGUAACUGUGUAUAAUUUGCAAUAAAAUUGAUAAUUUGCAGUUUCCCAUAUUAAU